CCUGGCGCUUCUCGGGGCGCGUCCCCCGGGGCGGAGGGCGCGCUCGGGCCGCGUGCGCCUGCGCCAGCUGGGCUGCCGCGGGGGGUGCUGGGAGGCGGUAUCCUCGGUAACGCGGGUCCGAGUGGCGCGGCAGCCUUCUUGCCCAGGACAGCCGCAGUCUCCCUUCUCAGGGGUGUUGUGAAGAUGGGGUGUGAGCAUUUGGAGGGGAUUCAGGCCAAGCACGUAGCCCGAUGCCCGGCACGUGGCCGCCGUGACGUGCGCGCUCCGUUCUGCAGACGCGGAGACGGCCUGCGAACCUGGGUGCGACGCGGGCCGUGCGGUCCCGGAGCCCAUCCUUCCCGGAGGCUAAAAGCAGCCGUUCACUACACUGUUGGGUGUCUUUGCGAGGAAGUUGCAUCGGACAGAGAGAUUCGGUUCAGCAAACAAACCAUUGCGGCCAUCUCGGAGCUGACUUUCCGGCAGUGCGAAAAUUUCGCCAAAGACCUCGAAAUGUUUGCAAGACACGCAAAAAGAAGCACAAUUAACACGGAAGAUGUGAAGCUCUUAGCCAGGAGGAGUAAUUCACUGCUAAAAUACAUCACAGAGAAAAGCGAAGAGCUUGCACAGUUUAACUCAGAACAAAGAGCAAAAAAGAAGAAGAAAUUAGAGGAAGAAAACCAAAAACCAGUGGAGCCAGCAGAGGCUGCAGCAGCAAAAAAGGACAAUUCGAGUCUGUAGCUGUCACUGGCAAAGGCAGCCUUCAGCAGGGAGGGUUGCCAAGAGCUUGCGUUGCCACAAAGGGAUUUUCCAAGGGAUCAGUAGAGAUUAAAAUAAAAAGGCUAAGAGGCUUGCUGGGCUGCUUUCUCACAGUCAUUGGCUGCCAAAGCUGGUGUCAGAGAGACCGGAAACUCUCCAGCAAAAUACUCCCGUCUCUCACCCUCCACUAACACGGGAGGGUUUGAGUGGCAAAGAUUGGAAGUUGUAUCUAUUGCUAAUAAAAUUGUGUCAGCAGCUUAAA